AUGGCAGAAAGUAAUCAAACAAUGUUAGAACGUUCAAUGAGAUCCGUUUUUGUGGGAAAUAUUCCGUUCGAUUUGACAGAAGAAAAACUUAAAGAAAUUUUCAGCGAAGUGGGACCGGUUUUAUCUUUUAAGUUAGUUUACGACAGAGAAAAUGGUAAACCUAAAGGAUAUGGUUUUUGUGAAUAUAAAGACAUAGAAACUGCCAACAGUGCAAUGAGAAAUUUAAAUGGUUUUGAAAUCGGUGGAAGGGUAUUGAAAGUUGACAAUGCAGCAAAUGAAAAAACAAGAAUGGAAAUGCAAAAUAUGAUACAAGCAAACGAGCCGAUUCAAAACUCAGACAAUAAUUUCGAACAUGUCGAAGCAGAGAAAGUACCUGAAGCUAUAAGCAAAGCAGUGGCAUCCCUUCCACCUGAGCAAAUGUUUGAAUUAAUGAAACAAAUGAAACAAUGCAUUCAAAACAAUCCAUCGGAAGCUAGAACGAUGCUCCUACAAAAUCCACAAUUAGCUUAUGCUUUACUUCAAGCUCAAGUGGUUAUGGGUAUUGUUGAUCCUCACGUGGCCGUUAACAUGCUUCACAAAGCCAACGUCGUACCGGAAAUAAAUCUUCCUGUAGAUUCCAAAGGUCCUCAACCUCCCGUCGUUCGACCCGAGUUCGCUUCUCAGGCUCAGCACAACACGGGUAAAUUAUUCGCUGUAGAACGUCCUGUUGAUCCGAGAGUUGCGAGAAGUUCGAACGCAGACACGGAUUUAAGAAUUCCAUUUACCGCACCUGUUCCAGUACCUGCACCUCAUCCGGUCAUGCCGCCUAUUCAAAAUCAACAUUUCGCUCCAGCUCCAGACAUGAUACUUAGAGAUCCUCGUCAAGCUGGAGUUCCCGUUCCGAUGCCCGUCGCUCCUCCUAGGGAUCCAAGAGCAGCUGCUAAUUUAGAUCCAAGAACUCCGGCAGUCGAUCCACGUUCAGGAGUUUCAAUCAACACUCCGACGCCGCCUCCUCGUCAACCUGCUCCCGUUCCGGUACCAAAUCCUUCGGGAACCAUUUCUCAAAGGCCUACACCCGGUGGCAUGCCGCCGAACGCUUUAAGCAACGCCGUUUCAGAUCAGGAAAAAGCUGCUCUCAUAAUGCAAGUCCUUCAAUUAUCAGACGAGCAAAUAGCGAUGCUUCCUCCGGAACAAAGACAAAGCAUACUCGUAUUGAAAGAACAAAUAGCCAAAAGCACACAAAGAUAA